AUGGCCAAGGAUGUACGAGGAAUAGAAAGAGGGAAAAGUGCUUGUGGUGAAUGCGAGGAUUUCAUGAGGUCAGAUGGAGCAACUUGUGGCUAUUGCGGCUGUUUUCCGACUCGCCAUUCUAAAAAGGAUGCUCGCUACUCCUCUGACUCUGUUUUUGGUACAUCGGCUGCGGGAAUAAGUGAAAGCGCAAGUCCAGAGAAGUGGAAAGAUGAAGACCUAGGGUCCAUCCCGAAGUUGUCGGUUCGAGCCCGAGUAGCUUAAGUGAAGAAUCCUCACCGGAGACUGAUUUUAUACCAGAACCCCGCGCGGAAACAUCAAAAUAUGGGCGAAAGCGGACACGGGUCAAGAGAGACAAUUAUGUUAGUUGGGAGAAGAUAGUUUUUUGA